CACAGUCGGAGCUGCUUAACAGCCUCCGGUUCCAAUUCCGAAUACAAUUUCAAUUCCGAUUCCGUUGAACGAGCCGCGACUGUUGUUUGCUGCAACGUCGACGCCGCUGUCGCCGCCGCCGCCGCCGUCGCCGCUCGCUUUUGGCGCAAUCGAAAGUUACGUUUUGGCUUUACGUAGCCCGCAUUAGUCGUACGCUGAGCGUUGUCGACGUCAGUUCACGGUUUCGGUUUCGAUUUCGAAAGAUCCCAAAACAAACAAGAUCAAACCUUUUCGGAAACCGAACAAUUUGUGCCUAUCGCAUCAGCUGAAUUCUCAAAUGGAGGCGGAUACCUAUGUCCAGGCUUCGGCGUUACCCAACAGCAAGCGCUUUGUUGUCGAAGAUUCAAUUACUAAAGUAACCUCCGAUGGGGAACCGCACGGCAUGAUGACCAUGGUGGCAGGUUUAUCGGGCCUAUUGGCGGCCAUCAUUAUACUGGCCGUGCUCGUUUCUAUGGUGGCCUGUCGCAAACGUAAAACCUGCUGCAACCAGAGGAGCAACAAGCAGCUACAGACCAAGUCGUUGGCCAGUGCCAGUGCCAUGGCCGUGGCAAUGACCAGCGUGGACAGAUCACAGCCACAACUGGCCGGGCAUCUGAAUGCCGCCUUUGCGGAGAGCACCUUGACCCUAAAUGUCGAUGCUAAGUAUAAGCAUAAGGAUAAGGAUAACGCUAAUCAAUGGCCCACAGAGAUUGUUGUCGAGCGCUAUUAACCAAAUAGCGCUGGGAAAGCACGUGAUGUUUGUGAACAUAAAAGACUGACGAAUAGAAUUUUAAGCCAAUUAUACUACAUAUGGAAUCCAUUUUUUUUUGUUCUUACCCCCGUUGUGUAAUAUAUUAAUAUGAUUCUAUGAUUGUUUGUUAUAAUUUGAAAUGAUUGCGCAGCUGCCACACUUUUUUUCGAAUAUUGUGCGUGUUGAACAACGCUCCAAUGUUAUCGAUAGCUAACUUAUCGGUAACUAGCCAAGACAGCAACCCAAUUAGCUGCCUCUUGGUCCGUUAUUAUUUGAAUCAAAAUAAAAU